ACAACUUUUUUUCUCAGUGUACGAUAGAAUAAGUAUUCAAAUUCAUUGGCCCAUAAUUUAUUAAUGUAAGACGUCAUACUACUUCUAGGGAAGCAAUUGUAAGACAUUCGAGUUGCACGGCAGGUAGUACAUAAUAUACCCGUCCGUUCGAAUCGUUCUCCGUUCGACUAUAUAAAGGCUGUCGGCGAUUGACGCUUUUUAACUCCUGUCUGCAGCCUUGUCGACCGAAGAAGAAAUCAAAAUUGUGUGUUCUCGUACUUAUCGAUAAUCUUUCAUAAUGAAGAAAUAUUUCUUAAUCUUGUUGACCUUGUUGAUGAUGACUCUGGUUGCCGCCACUGAGAAAUAUUCUAGAAAAUACGAUGACGUGGAUGUGGACAAAAUUCUUCAAAGUAAUCGUAUUCUCAACAAUUACAUCCGGUGCCUGUUGGACGAAGGACCCUGCACUGCCGAAGGUCGCGAAUUAAGAAAGAUUUUACCGGAUGCUGUAUCGAACGUUUGCAGCAAGUGCAAUAGUGAUCAAAAGGCUGCAGCAGAAAAAGUAAUACAUCAUCUUAAAACAAAACGAUCCAAAGAUUGGGAUCGUCUUGUUGCCAAAUACGAUCCUCGUGGCGAAUAUAAGAAAAACUACGAGAAAUUAUAGUUCUCUUCUUUCAAGUAUUUUAAUUAUAAUCAUUGCAUAUUUUUGUAAAAAAGGCAGUUAUUGUAAAAUAUAAAAUAUCCGUCGAUAUUGAGGAUACAAAAUAUAGAUGUAAUACAUGAUGAUGAUAUAUUUGAAUGGAAUUUGGUUAAAUACAGAACAAAUAUAAAAUUUAAUAAAAGUUUUA